AUACCCUGUUUCAGCCAAUACGAGGUCGGGAGGAUUACGUUUUGUGCGCACCAUGUGAUCAGGAUCAGAGCAAACGUUGACAGAUUCAAGCGGACUCGAUUCAAAACACACGAUCGACAAUGGGAGUGAAAGACCUGUGGAACAUUCUGUCGCCUCUGUGCGACAGAAAACCGCUGUACGAAUUACAGGGGAAAACCAUCGCGAUUGAUUUAAGCGGAUGGGUCGUCGACAGUCAAACGAUCAUCGACAAUGCGGUGCAACCGAAAAUGUAUCUGAGGAACUUGUACUUCCGCACAGCGUUCCUCCUUAUGCAGGGAAUAUCUCCAGUGUUUGUGUUGGAGGGAAAAGCACCUGUCCUGAAGCACAAGACUAUCGCGCGAAGGAACGAUGCUCGUAAUGGGUCUCGGGAAGGGAAGACCGCCAGGAAAGGUGGGAGGAUGCAGUUUAAUCGAGUUUUAAAUGAAUGUAGACAAAUGUUGCAGUACAUGGGUAUUGCUUGCGUGCAGGGCCAGGGUGAAGCCGAAGCCAUGUGUGCUUACUUGAAUGAGGACGGGCUUGUAGACGGAUGCAUAAGUCAAGACAGCGACUGCUUUCUGUACGGCGCGAGGAUAGUCUACAGGAACUUCUCCACGAGUACGCAGGGAGCUGCAGGUGGCUCCGUGGACGUUUACUCCAUGGAGAAGAUCGAGAAGGUACUGAGCAUAGGCCGAAAUAAAAUGAUUGCACUGGCCCUGCUGUGCGGCUGUGACUACGACGAGGGAGUGAGUGGCGUUGGGAAGGAGGCUGCCCUGAAAUUCUUCAAGAUCGUGGAGGACCAAGACGUCCUGCAGAGGAUUCAACAAUGGGGAAACGACGCGAGUUUGGACAGAGCCGAGCGGGAUUUAGCAAGGCCAGAUUUAUGCACGUCGUGUGGCCACCGAGGGAAAAUACAGAAGCACGCGAAAUCGGGCUGCACCGACUGCGGCACCGUCAGCAAAUGCAAUAAUGACUUCAGAGAAAAGAGAACGCUGAUAUUAAAUGAGGUAUCGUUGAGGAAGAAGGCACUUCAGGACGAGAAUUUUCCAAGCCGGGAAUUAAUAGAAGAAUUUCUUACUCGCAAGGACCAAGUCCCGACUAAAUUGGACAUAGAAUGGCAGCAGCCUCAAAUCAACCAAUUCGUCGACUUCAUGAAUAAACAUCUGUGUUGGGAACCGCAGUAUGCAUUCGAGAAAAUAUUCACGUUAACCACUAGGUGGCAACUCGUGCAUUUAUCAGACCUCGCGCUCGAUGAACGUUCGUCCAUCCCGGACUUGUUCAUUCCCGAUAAGAUAAAAAAGAUACGUAAAAUCAGGUCUGUGGCCAGUUACGAAAUUAUCUGGAAGAAGGAGCACAGUGCAAUAGAAAUGUUAAAGAGGUACAAAGAGUUAGAACAGAAGGAUGAUGAUGACGAUGGCAUAGAUGAUGAUUUGUUAACGAGCAUCGAAUCGCAGGACCUGGUUUCAAAAUGCUACCCAGAGCUGGUCGAAGCGUUUGAAACUAGCAGAAAUGUGAACACGAAGAAACGAACUGCUGCUUCUCGAAGAAAGAAGACGAAUAUCGAGAAGACUGGCGCUGAUGCCGCGAAGUCACGGCAGAAAACAACGAAAAAGAUCUUAGAGAGCAAAAACAAUCGAAAGAUCGAAGAAUUUAUUUCUGAGAAUUGUCCUAUAUCGCUGGAAGACUCCUUUGAGAAGAUGGCAAUCACGCCGAAGAGAUCGAAACGAGGGAAGGCUCCGACUCAAAUAAAUAAAUUACGAGUAAAGAGUGCAGCUGAAAACGUUGCGAUCGUGGACGCAAAGCAGAUGAAACGCGGACCACAAUUUAGGAGGGUGCUAGAAACAGAGAGGGUAAACUCGAGAUUGAAUAACACGGUUGACAGGAUGUUUAAUGAACUGUCGCCCGAUGACUUCAUGAGCGAAAACGAAGAUGACGAAGACGACAUGAACAUAACGGACGUGAUUGAGAAUAUAUGUAGCAAACAGACCUUCCAAUUUGAAUUAAUAGAUAGCCAGCCUACAAAAUCCACUGGUGGAUCGACAGAGAACGUUACGGAAGAGUGUACGAAGACCGAUGAAUUUUUAGCCUUGAUAGAAGAGCAAGUUCAUGCUGAGAACAAGGAGGAAGGAUUAGCAUUAGCUGAGAACGAGGAGGAAGAAUCUGAUGAUGAAUUUGGUGAUAUAAAUGAUUCAUAUAUUCCUAUUAAUCAAAGAAUACAAAUUGGAGAGAAUGAGAAGCUCUUGCAGACAUGUUGUUAUAUUGAAAAGAAGUCCAAUGUCAAUUUUGAGGAUCUUAUGAAUGAAACUAAUAAUGGAAGUAUGCAUUUGGAAACAUAGUGUCACUCGAAAAAGAUUUUUAAUUAUUUUUGAAUAUAAUGAAAGAUCGAAUUGGAAUUUAUAAAAUAUAAAAUGUGCAAGACUCAUAUUUUUCAAUGUAUGGCAUGGUUUUGAUACAAUAUUUAAGUUUAAUACGUAAUUCUCUGGAAGUUUAAAUAAUAAUAUACUGUGAUUAUAAUUUAUAGAAAAUAUUUACUUUUUAAUGUGUGCUGUUUUAGAAAAGUAUGCAUAUUUAUUAAGAAGCAUCGCACAUCAAUAUGUAUUUUAAUUGUAGUUACUUUAUACUUAUUUUUAUGUAUGCGCGUGAACCUUUUUCGCUACUUUUAUAUAAUAUAUGACGAAAAUAUCUGUGAGGUAUAUUUUUAUAUAUUUAUAUCCCUAAGAUUAAAAUUACAUACAAUUUGUAAUAACAGAAAAUGCAUGUAUUUACAUAUGCAAUAUUACUUGUAAAAUACAUGUUACUUGUAAUGACUGAGAAAUAAAAUUUAAUAUUUAAAAA